CCUCGACACUCACCUCACCUCACCCAAUCCCCCCAUGCCCCAGCCCGCCCUUGCCGCGCCGUCCUCCAGCGUGCUCUUCGCGUCCAAAGACAGGUCCGUCGUCCUCGUCGACAUCCCCCGCUCCCUCGAGGAGGGCCAGGUCCCGCCCGGCCACGCCCCGACGCGUCGCGUCUACUCGGGCCCCCCGCCGCCAGCGCCGCUCCCGACGCCGGAGCCCUCGAGACACCGGAGACAUGGGUCGGACGGGCGAGGGCGCGGGCGCGGGGCCGGCGGCGCGGCGCAUGUCCCGUCGGAGCAGUCGCCCGCCGCGCAGCUCGCCGAUCUCAUGACCGCCGCUGCCGUCGAGAGUGCCCUGCGGCUGAUCCGCGAGCAUCACCAUGGACCCUUCCAUCUGCCUCGUCUCGCCGCCAGUCCCGCUGGCGAUGCUGCUCAACAACAGCGAGACCCUGUCGUUGAAUUGGAUCCCAAGCCGGCAGAGACUUCUUCCUCGCCCUCACCCUCCUCCUCCACUACGCUCGUGCCGCCGGGAGCCAGGUAUAUCCACGGCAUGAUCCAGGCAUCGCGCCAGCUGCUCCUCGACACCGCGCCACAGUUCCAGCUCAUCGUCCUCGACCCGCCGUGGCCCAACCGCUCAGCCCGCCGUCGCCGCAACCAGGGCGACCGGUAUGCCACGGCCGCGACCAUGCCGCAGGCGCGGGACCUUCUCGCCGCCGUCCCCGUCGCCGCGCACCUCGCCCCGGACGGGCUCGUCGCCGUGUGGAUCACCAACAAGGCGCGCGCCGCGGAGCUGCUCACCGCGCCUGCCACGGGGCUCUUCGCCGCCUGGGGGCUCGAGCCCGCCGUCGAGUGGACGUGGCUCAAGGUCGCCGCGUCGGGCGAGCCGCUCUACCCCGUCGACUCGCAGUGGAGGAAGCCCUGGGAGCGGCUCCUCGUCGCCAAGAGGCGCGGCGCCAGGACACCGCCCGGCCUGGCGCCCAAGGUCCUGGUCGCGUGUCCGGACGUGCACUCGAGGAAGCCCAGUCUGCGAUGCCUCUUCGAAGACGUGCUGGGCCGUGACUACGUCGGCCUGGAAGUUUUCGCGCGGAACCUGACGGCUGGGUGGUGGAGCUGGGGGGACCAGGUGUUGCAGUUUCAAGAUGCCACGUACUGGGAGCCGGUCACGGGUCAGGAACAAUUAGAGGCGCGAGGAUGAUUUGGCUCAAUGAGCAUUCAUGAUUUCUUUUUGGGCUUGUUUGCAUUGCCGGCAGUAGUCGUGGCCCAGCCAAUGGCCACGGUAAUGUACAUCUUUGUGGGUGCCCGCUAAUCAUAC